CUCUUCUUCCUCCCUAUAAAGCCAUCUCUUCUCUCUCAUCCCCUCCACCGCCGUAGUCCUUUUAUUAGUUUUCUUUAUCUUAUUUUCAGUCCUUUUUUUAAAAAAUUUAAUUUAAUCAAUUUCAAUCAUUUGGUUGCUUAGAGAAAUAAAUCUUACUUUUGAUAAUAAUAAUAAGAAAAAUUCUGAGAGAAAAAGAGAGAUAGUGAGAGACAUGUUGGAAAAUCUUCAGUCCACCACCACCGCUACCUACUCCGCCUCCGGCAUCCGCUCGCCACAGCCGCGGUUCUUCUAAAGGUAUGGAGUGUUUUGACUUCUGGAAAAGAUCAUGUUGCAGUGCCUAGAGGGAGUGAAGCAUCUGUGUGCUGUUGUAGUAAAUUGUUGUGAUGCUGAUCUAUAUAAACAACCUAAGGGACUCGAAGAUCCCGAAGCUCUUGCAAGGGAGACAGUAUUUAGUGUAAGUGAAAUAGAAGCACUUUAUGAACUGUUUAAGAAGAUCAGCAGUGCUGUAAUUGAUGAUGGCCUCAUCAACAAGGAAGAAUUUCAACUGGCGUUAUUUAAGACAAACAAAAAGGAGAGUUUGUUUGCAGACCGGGUACACUCUUUUUCACAUGUGAAAACUUCAAGUUGGUCGGUUUCAUUGAGGGUAUUUGACUUGUUUGACACAAAGCACAAUGGAAUACUAGAUUUUGAAGAGUUCGCGCGUGCCCUCUCUGUCUUUCAUCCCAAUGCACCCAUUGAAGACAAAAUUGACUUUUCAUUUCAACUGUAUGAUCUAAAGCAACAAGGGUUCAUUGAAAGACAGGAGGUCAAGCAGAUGGUAGUGGCUACGCUUGCUGAAUCUGGCAUGAAUCUUUCAGAUGAUGUAAUAGAAAGUAUCAUUGAUAAGACCUUUGAGGAAGCUGAUACUAAACAUGAUGGGAAGAUAGACAAGGAAGAAUGGCGAAGCCUUGUUUUGCGACAUCCAUCUCUUUUGAAGAAUAUGACCCUUCAAUACCUAAAAGACAUCACCACUACAUUCCCAAGUUUUGUGUUUCACUCACAAGUGGAUGACACUUGAGUUGCAGAGCUACAUCAAGUUCUAUCGUCUUGAACAGGGAUGGUUUGUUUCUCCUAGACAAUAUGGCCCUUCUGUGUGCAGUGGUGUUCAGAAGAAACUUCCUGAGAGUUAAAUUACACACAGUUACUUGGAUGUUGGCUUUGUGUUCAUAUUUCCAGUAACUAGACCUUUGUGUUCCUUUUUGGAUAAAUGAGGCUUUUUUUAGUUUUUUAACAGAAGGGGGAUGUGCUUGCUGUUUAAUUAUUUAAUGUGCUUUUUUUUUGGGGGGGUAAAAAAAAAGUAAUAUUCUUGUUAGGACUUGUCAUACUUCUUUCUUGCUUGCCAUGGAUCUGACGGUAGACCAAGCAUUCAAUCAGCUUGCACUUUGUUUGCUAGCUUCCGCAGGUUCAAAUCACAGUCACUACCUCUUUUUCUCCAGAGUGUAGCGGGAUGAACGGGAUCAGGACUUUGCUGGACCAUGCUGCUAUGUUUCACUGGUUUCCAGUGCUACGAUGGCUUUUCCUUUCCAGGAACAUGACCCACUUUCUCUGAAGUAGUUAUCUGGUUUGAUUCGAACUUACCAGCAUGCCCAUGUAAUUUCAUGCAAUUUAUGUGAAAUUAAAAGCUUUCUGUUCACACCCAUGUUGCAGGUUGUAACUUAUUAUUUGAACUGAUCGUUGGCCCUUUCUUGGUUGGAUAAGUGGUUCGUUCUUCGCAAUAAAUGCUAUUUUCCUGUGAUUCAUGGGAUCAUCUUCAAACUAGUAGCUAAUUGUGAUCUAGCCUUGUUAAGGAAUGCUCCCCAGUGUGAAAGGCUCAGAGUCGACUAAUAGUGGCAUUAACUUAAUUUAGUAUGCACCGCUCCGUAUUUUGGUGCUGAGGAGAAGCACCAAAAUAACACAGAGAAACUAUUGUUUGUAUAUAACGGGAAAUGCAGGCUACUGAUACAACCACACGCUUGCCAAAGUUCCAAGGAAGUCACUCUCGUUCCAUCUGUAAAACCUAUUAAUCUUUAAGAUCAAGGUUAUCUAAACAUAAGCCACCACUUCCCUUGAGAUGAAGAUUAUACCACGCCAAAUUUGUUAUCAAUCACUCACGAGCAUACUUUUUAACUGGUCAAACGUACGAUAAAAGAUAGUCUCACGGAAGGAUAUGCCUCCGUAUUGCGAUUAGAACAGAAGAAGAAGUACAUUAUACCAUCAACUUGCAAUUACUCGGAUCUUAUCGCCUAGCAAAACAAAACAGCAUGGAGUGUGCUUACCAACAGGACAAUAAUAGUAUCUCAUCUCUAACACCACUGGUAAAUUUAAAUUUAAAAAAAAAAAAA